GUGGUGUUGGUGAAGAGGGCUAGAUGAUGAUGAUGAUGACGAUAAUAAUUCUCGCAUAACACGCACACAUUACGCACUGGUAAGGAGGAGGAGGAGGAUAACAGCAAACACACAUACACACAUACGAAACACACAUACUUAAGUACAUACACACUGUGAACCCCUAACCAACCAUAGACAUCUUUUUCACAUAUGGGCACAUAUUAUUAUUAUUAUUGUUAUACUGUCUAGUCUCGUAAGUGAAGGAAAAAAGGAUCAUCCAACCUCAUAAUAUACCUUCCUUUAUUCUUAUUAUUACUAUAAUUGUAAAUUUUUUUUUCAUAAUAUUCCGGUCAUUUACUUAUAUACUUAAUGUAUGUGAUGAGUGAUGUGUACUCCAUGAGAAUUCAGAGUUCAAUUUCUAUUCGACAAAAUAGAUUUAAUAGAUGAGUUGUACAGUGCUAUAAUAUAAUAAGUGUGGUAUAAUCGUAAUUAUUAUUACCAUUAAUAUUGUCAUUGAAUGACCACUGCAUUACACAUUGGUAAACAAGUAGUCAAUACAUCACUGACGUCGACAACACCUACGUCAUCAUCAAUAACAGCAGGACCAGCAACAACAACAACAACAACAGCACCGUCUUCAUUUAUCAUUAAAGAACACACCUCCAAAUUAUCGCCUUAUUCAUCAACAUUUCCUUCUAAUUUGAAUCAGUCUACUGAUCUCAUGUCUAGUCAAAAUGGUGGACUUGCUUUAGCCUCAGCAUUAGCCGGUAUCUUAGGCUUACCACCUUUUUUAUCGUCAAUACUACCGACAUCAACGGCGACACCAACAACAGAGAUGUCUAAUUCAUCAUUGGAUUUAACAAAUUUCCUCCAGCAUAGCCAACAAUCUCAUCAUCAGAAUCCUCAUCAUCAACCUGAACACCCAUCAGAGUCUAGUUUACCUUUAUGGCUUUCAUCAAAUCAUGAGAAUAAUUUUAAUGGUAUAUCAUAUUGUAAGAGUCAUAUGGAGACUUUGAACUCAGUUAUUACGUCUAUUGCUAAUGCUAGUAAUAAUAAUAUAUCUAAUAUUGAACAUUUGAACAGUGAUCAUUCCAUGAAUAAUUCAGCAUAUGAUACAUUUAAUCAUAAUAAUAAUAAUAAUAAUGAUAAUAUUAAUAAUAAUAAUUUAAUUAAUAAUUUUCCAUUUAUUUUACCCUCUCAACAGACAUGCUCUGAUGUCUCGUCUGACACGGGUUCUGUACAAUCGCCAUUUACACCAGUACAAUCGUCAACAAGUCAACUAAUCAAUUCGAAUACAACAUUUGACAAUAAUAAUAACAAUAAAAAAUCAAUAAUAUCUACCAUGACAACGAUAUCAACGACACCAUCAUUGAAUCUUGAUUCUAGUAAUCAUAAUAAUAACAACAAUAAUAGCCUGUUAAGUUCUGCUGAACGUGAUCGUAAACAACGUGAAUUUAUACCAGAUUCUAAAAAAGACGAUAAAUACUGGGAAAGACGACGGAAAAAUAAUGAAGCAGCGAAACGUUCACGUGAAAAACGUCGACAAAAUGAUAUCCUUAUGGAAUGUCGUAUUAAUCAGUUAAAUGUACAAAAUCAUAAAUUACGUCAAGAUUUAUUAGAAUUGAAAUUACGCUUUGGUGUACCAUUAGAUGAUGAGGAUAGAAAAUUUAUGGAUAAUUUAUCAUCGUCUUCACCGAAUGGUGGUUAUAAUGAUCAGCAUAAUAAUAAUAAUAAUAACACUAAUAAUACAGAUAAUACUGAUAAUGAUAAUAAUAGUGAUGGUGAAAUGACGAAAUUGUCUGAAAUCGAUUGUUGUAUGCUGUCGACUACUAAGUCACGAAAUAAUUCUUUAUCAAUGGAUGAUUCACAGAAUGAGGUGAUUGUAAAAAGAGAUCGAUUGACGCCUUUGUCUUCAGCAAUACCUACAGUAACCCCGACGCCGACACCAACACCAACACCUCUGUCUUUGUCUUCUUCUGCUCCGUCUUCUACCUCAAUGAUGACAACACUGACACCAAUAACAACAACAACAACAACAAAUCUCUUCAUCCAACCGUCAACACUUCCAAAUAUUUUACCGUCAGUCAUAAUACCAACACCGCUGUCAUCUUCAUCAUUACUGCCGUCAGUAGUACAGGGUAAUUUGAAUGGGAAUCAACUCAUGGGUGGUGCUGGUGGUGUUGGUGGUAUCAAUCUGACAACAACAGAGUCUACAGUUGCAUCAAAUAUACCGAGUGUACAUACAAUUCCUAAUAAUUUUCUCUUCUCGCAAUUAAAUUCCCUAGACAGUACAGAUUUGUUAACGCUGAAACGUAUCUUUACUAGUUUAGGCGUUGGAUGUCUACCAUCGACUACUACCUCAUCACCAUCAUCAUCAUCAUCGCCAUCAGUCAUAGUGAAUCAGCAUUCAUCGUCUACACCGUUGAUAGCUGCUGCUGCUGCCGCGGCUGCAGCUGUCGCGGCAGUUGCUUCAAACGGUGGAGUCACCUUAUCGCCUUUAUCACCGGGGAAUAGUUUAAGUAACAGUGUGAUGAAUACAACGCCUACAGUUGCAUCGUUUAACAGUCUGACAUCAUUGAAUACAACAGCUGCAUUACUACUUCGACAGGCUGCAUUAAUACCACCAUGUACAAAUCCGUCUUCUUCACUUCCUUCAUCGCAUAUUUCCACGCCUCUUCAACAGCAUCAUCAGACAACAAUGACGACUGCUACUACUACUAUUAAUAAUAAUAAUAAUAUUAAUAAUAGUAUUACUAGUAGUGGUAGUAAUAGCAUUAAUAGCGAUGGUCAGUAUGAGAAUAAUUCAAACCUGAUAAACAAAUUGUCAAUCUCAUCACCUUCACCGUGUUGUAUAUUACCACUAGACAGUCGUUGUCCAUCAGUACACUCAGUGAAAUCAGAUCCAUCUAAUAAUUCAAAUGAUUACCUUGAAUCUCCACUGGAUCUCAGUCUGUGUUACAGCAUGAAAACAGAAAAUAACAAUUCUGAUCUUGUCCUGAGUGAUUCAACAAUCACAUCAGAUCCUAUGAUUGUAGAUAAACGUUAUCAGGAUCGUCGACGACGUAAUAAUGAAGCAGUACGCCGGUGUCGUGAAAAUAAACGUGCACGUAUGUCAGGUAGUUUUAGUGGUAGUAAUAAUAGUGGCAGUGGCAUUGUUGUUGGUAGUCGUGGAUUCAGUGGCAGCAGUGUUAGCAACAGUCGUACAGAGGUUGUAGCAGAGAAAUUACAAAGUGAAAAUCGUUGUCUACGCAGUGAAUUGACAGGAUUAAGUAUGGAAGUGAAAGCAUUACGUCGGUUACUUUCAGUCGAUGAAGAACUAUCUCAACACCAACAGCAAGAACAAGAAGAACAGGGAAAUACACCUGAAGCCUCCAAUGUUAAUAAUAAUAUUAAUAUCAAUGACAGCAGCAAUAACAACAACAACAAUAAUAUCGACACCAGUACUAACCACAGGAACAGCAGCAGCAGCACUACUGUCGUUAGUAACGGUGUUACUCCAGAUUUUUACAGUGAUACUGAUGACAUCCAGGUGACAAUGAUGAUACCGAAAAAGAUGAGAGUUAAAGCAAUACCUCAUAAACUUCAUCAACGAUUCUCUUUACCAUCAUCACCGACACCAAUAUCCACAACAAAUUCAAUACACCACCAUCAAUACCAAUCCUAUCACCAUAGCAACAGUAACAACAUGAAUGAUGAAGAUAUUGAUAACUAUAAAAUUAGAGUUGAUGAGAGCAUUUUAAACACUGAAAAGAAUAGUAAUAAUACUAAUCAUAAUAAUGAUAAUACUCAUGAUGGGAUUCAUGACAAGAUGGUUGAUGAAAUGACAACACCAUAUACAUCAUAUGUAGACAAUAUCAAUUCUAUUAAUAGUAACAAUGAUAAUGAUCAGCUACAUUGUAAAAUCGGUAAAAAAGAAGAAAGUAUUGAUUAUUUCAAGCAUGUAUCAUCAUCGUCAAGUUCAUCUUCAAUUGCAUCCGCCGCCUCCUCCUCCUCAUCAAAUUCCUCUGAUGAACAGACUAACAGAAUACAACAAUUAUCAUCUUCCCCAUCCCCUCUAUCAAUGUCAGAUGAAUAUGCCAAUAAGAAUAAUGAAGAUAAUUCAACUGAAGAGAAGAUACACUUUAGUACUAGUAGCACUAUUGCUAUUGAUGAUAAUAAGGAGGACACAUGUACACCAACUUCUGAUGAUUAUGAUAACCAAUCAGAAUUAACGAUUGAUACCACCACUACUACUGUUACUAAUGUGGACGGUAUUCAGAGUAUUUCUAUGCCAAGUAAUGAAAUCCACUUGUCUAAUAAUAAUAAUAAUAUGAAAGAGGAGAAUGAGAAACUGGUUGUUAUUCAUCCACGUGGGGGUGGUGGUGGACGUAAACGUACUCUGAAAUCAUCAAUACAUACUGCUAAAAUAUCUAGAAGUGAUCCAACCUCUACCAUUACUACUACCAUUCCUUCUACUGAUAUUACUACUAAUAGUGGUAACAGUAAUACAAUUGAAGAGGUGGAUACAUCCCACCCUGUUCCUGUUCAUAAUAUUCACCCUGUCUCCACAUCACCUUUGUCUUCUUCACCUUCAGGGAAUACUGAUGAUGCCUCAUAUUUUAUACCAUCUGAGAAAUCUGUGCACUUCACAGUGGACAGUAAUAGUAGUAAUCCGUGUGCGACAGCAAAACCAUCAACAACAGCAACGGCGGUGAUGACGCCGAUGCCGACAACAAGAAAUUCAGGGAAAGGAGAUAGUAUUUUAACUUAGCAUUUAUUUGUUUAUAUUGUUAUUAUUAUUAAUAUUACUAAUACUUCAUUUAUCCUAUUUGUAUCGAUCGAUAUUACUACUAAAAUAUUGAUUUUUGUGAAUUGAGUAGUCGUAUACUUCUUGUUUAUAUAUUUGUUUUGUGUUUUGAUUGUUACUACUAUUAAUAUUGUUAUUAUUAUUAUCACUAUUAUUAAUAUUGUAAUUGUUAUUUUUCCAUUUUUAAAAUGUCCAUUUUUUUAUACACACAUCACAUUAUGUAAUUCCGAAUCGUCUUCAUUCAUUCCUGAGUUACUUUUCUUAUUGCUACCACACACUACUGACCUAUGUGUGUGUGUGUAUGAGUUUGCGUGGGCUUACUGUUUCAUGUGUGCACUUGUGCAUGAAUAUAUCCAUGUAUGUAUGUAACUAUCUAUCUCUUUAUCCGAAUAACUUGCUCAUCUGUGCUCAUUGUUUAACUCGAAUCCAUAAUUUAAUUGUUGCCUAUUUUUUUUGUUGUUAUUGAUAUUUUUAUGCGACUACUGUUCGACUUCUUUCUCUCGACCUUGCCCUCGCCCUCAUCCUUCUCCUCUUCCUUUUCUCUUUGUUCUGUACUUUUUCAAUUUAGUUUACUUCAACUCUUUUCUGUGUGUGUGUGUGUAUGAUUGGUUUUUCGCCUAUUCGUGUCCCUGUUACUAUCACUGAUGAGUAAUUUUGAGAAUGUGUUCGUUGUCACUCUUAUUGCCUUUUUACAGUGUCAUUUUGUUGUUCGUCGAAGAAGAAGGAGGUAACCGUAGUGGUGUAUGAUGGUGGUGAAGAUCAUGAUGAUGAUGAUGAGGAGGAGGACAUUGGGUGCGCCAGUGACAGUAGAAGGAAGCAAUUUGAUCAACAGGAUGGAAUGAUGCUGACAACAAGAAACAAAUUCACUCAAAUUCCAUGACAUCAUAUGAAAGACGGAAUCAUAUGUAUACACACGUAUAAAAAUACACAGAGAGAGUCGAGUAGCUAUGUCAGUUCGUGUUUCUGUUGUCAGCGUUGAAGUAUAAUAAUUACCUCAUAACAUAAAACAUAGACAAACAAAUUGAAAACUGAUCUUAUUGUUGUUAGUGAGUAAAGUUUUAUUUCUCCUCCCCCUUUGGGGAUUUUUGUUAUUAUUAUUAUUACCAUUAUCGUUUCUUCUUCCAUUCUCUCAACACCAUCCCUUUUUUUGCGUUUGUAAGAGGAAAUAAGAUUGGGGUGGGGAGGGGAGAAAGAGCAGUAGUUAGUUACACCGUUGAAAGCCAGCAUCAGCAUUUUAUUACCCGUUCUCUUCUUCUUUGUUCUUCCUUUUGCCCUUCCAUCCCUCUCUCACUUUGUUGUGUAAAGCCUCUACACAUCGAACUGUAAUAAUCCGGAGAGAGAAAUAGAGAAAAAAAAGCGCCAACCAAUUCCAUUCAUUCCCCCAUUCUUUCCACGGCCGCCACAGCCGUCUCCUCCUUUUCGUUGUCUUUAUCUUUGUGUGUGUGUUGUACUCAGUGGAAUAUGCGUAUUUUUUGACACCGAUCAGAAUACUUAUUUGUGUUUCUCCACUCGUUUCUUCUUUUCUUUUUUUCUGUGUACCACACCGCGUCUGUGUACAUUUGCGUUUUACACACCUACUCACUCACUCACUCAUUCAUUCACUGACGAUUAGGUAAUUCUCAUGUUUACUGAUAAUACUCUUAAUUUAUUUUCUUAAUUUUAUCCCAAUGACACGCUCAUAGGUCUUUUUUUAGAAACGAUGAUAACCAGAAGAAUAACGACGCUACAUUCCUCCCCCUUUGUUUUUAAAUUACACACAGCUUACAAUAACUAAACUAAUCUCCAACCCCAACUGUGCUCCACACACACACACACAGACAUGCAAUUGAAUCAAGUACAGAAAAAGAUUAUGGAAGGUGUUUGUGUUUAUCACAAUGCUGCAAUUACAUGUGUGCUAUGUACUAUUAUUACACAGUUACCUAAUGUGUGUUCGUGUGCGUGUGUGUGCUCGCCUAUGGUUUUGUUUUAUCAUAAAUAGUUAACACAAGGAAUAAACGAUAUUUUAAAUUGUAUCGAUAUUCGUGCAUUUUAUCACCGGUGUGUUUUAUGCUCUUGUCGUCGUCAUGGUGAUGCUGUGACGAUACUGUGACGACGACGACGAUGAUGUGUUCGUAACGAUUAUGAAUCUUCUGUUUUUAUUACCCCGUCCCCUGUCUCUAUCUCUCUCUCUCUCUCGAAUUCAAUGUGCUCAACACCUUUUUAUUUGUAUCAUUCCUGUUUUAUUCCUUUUAUUAUUAUUAAUAUUAAUAUUAUUAUUAUUACUAUUCGAUAAUAAAGUUUUUUGUUUUUUAUAUAA